GGAGGGAGAGAGAAACACGAGACAGAGAGAGAGGUGUUGAGAGCAAGAGUGUCCUUGCAUCAAGCUGUGAGAGCAGACACAGGGACAGAGGAAAAGAGAGAGGGAAUAAGAGAGAGAGAGAGAGAGAGAGACGGAGGACCAGAACAGAGGGCACGCGAGGGAGAGUGAGAAGGAUACAGAAAGACAGAGAAACAGGCGGAGAAACCGAGAGGGAGAAGGAGAAAAGGCGACGUUGAGGAGACCGGAGGAGUAGAGGAUUUUCAGGACGACUGUGACUGUGCUGUAUUCCGACCCCCGCCCCCUACCUGCCCCACCCCCCCCUAAGAACACCCCUUCCUUAAACGGCCCCUCCGUCCAUCUCCCCCCACACCCCCCUCUCUCUCCCGCGCUCUCAUCCCCGGUGGCAUCGUCAUGGACACCGGCAGCCCCCGCAAGAUCCAGUUCACUGUGCCGCUGUUGGACUCUCACCUGGAUCCAGAGGCAGCAGAGCAGAUCAGAAGACGACGGCCCACUCCCGCCACGCUCGUGGCGUCCAGCGAUCAGUCCUCACCAGAAAUUGAUGAAGACCGACUGCCAAACCAGUUAUACAAGGCAGCAUUGCUGAACUCUCCCCGGCAACGACGGAAGGGCGCACGAGGCACGCCCACAAUGAAAGAGCUGCAGUUCCUGGUGGAGCACCACCUGUACUGUCAGCAGCAGGGCGGGGGCGGCGGGGGGGACGACUGCUCCUCGGAGAGCUGCCUGUCGGACCGGCCCAGCCCGGACUCCGCCCCGGCCGGGGACGAGCUCCCGGAGGAUGAGGAGGGCUGGAACGCCGAAGCUCAGGCCACCGCCGAGGCCUUCGAGAAACUCCGCUGCCAGAUGGAGGAGUUUUCCAGGGAGAGCUUAUUAGAGGCCACUGGCGGGACGGAGUGCGAUUCGCCCAAGGAGGAAGUGAGUUCUGCCGCCGUAACCAAGGAAACGCCGACACAACACACCGACGCAGGUAGAGAAGACUCAGCAGCAGCAUCCAGAGCAGAGUCUAGCGUGAGCCCGUUAGCCGAGGAGGAGAAGGACCAGCAGAGGGAGGAGAAAUGAGGACCGUCUGCAGGAACACCUCGCUGCUUUCUCUCUUUUACAUUUUCCGUUGAUGACAGUGAUGUUUUCCGGACUGAAGCCAAUGUUGAUUCUCUGGCUCCCCCACAGUCUCGAACCCCAGGCCCUCCACCUCUCUCUAACCCCAGGGGCAAGCGGCCCUGGUCCUGGAGCCCCAGAGAUGUCCGUUUUUUUUGUUGCAUCUGCACUUCAUCAUCAGAGUUUGAUGGAUCAUUAAGAGUCUGAGCCUCAGUGCUCAGCAUCUGAAUGAUAGCCCUCCAGCACAGGGUCCCCUGUGCUCAUUAACCCUGAUAAUUAACAUGUCGUUAUGGGUUUGGAUGGAGCAAAAUCAAAUCCAGGAACAUCUCAGGCGCUCCACGACCAGUGUUGCCUGGCAACCCCUAUUAAAUGAAAAGGCCACGACCCCUCCCUUCACCCCUGAGUUUAUCCCAGAUAAAGCAGGACCUUCUGUGUGUUUCAGGACUGCAUUUUCACAUUAACUGUC